GCUGGCUCCGCGCUGACGUCGAGCACGCACACGGCUCCCUGCGGCGCUACUCCUGGCGACUCCCUCCGCAGCCCAGGCAGGCCCGGAUUCCGUGCGGGCGGUAGGAGCAAAGCGGGCAGGAGCGUCAAGCUCGCGCUUGUCUCUCCACUCCGGCCCAGGCGGAUCUGCAGCCGCUGCUCGAAGCAGAGACGCGCCGGGAGGAUCUCGCCAUGACCGCGUCCAUGAGGCAGAGGUUCGACAAGUUCCUGCACGAGAAGAACUGCCUGACGGGCGUGCUGGAGAAAAUCGAGAGCAGGACUGGCGUGAGCAGGUCCUACAUCGCCCUCGCCAUUAUUGGUGUGCUGGCCAUCUACCUGGUGAUCGGCUAUGGAGCAUCCCUGCUCUGCAACCUGAUCGGCUUUGCUUACCCUGCAUACAUCUCCAUCAAGGCCAUUGAAAGUCCUAACAAAGAUGAUGACACACAGUGGCUGACCUACUGGGUGGUGUAUGGCAUCUUCAGUAUAGCAGAAUUUUUCUCUGACAUCUUUCUCUCCUGGUUCCCUUUUUACUACAUGAUGAAGUGUGGUUUCCUGGUAUGGUGUAUGGCCCCAAGUCCCUCAAAUGGAGCAGAGUUUCUGUACCACCGAAUUAUCCGCCCUUUCUUCUUGAAGCACGAGGCACGGCUGGACAGUGUAGUGAAGGAUCUGAAAGACAAAGCUUCAGAGACGGCAGAUACAAUUACUAAAGAAGCCAAAAAAGCAACAAUAAAUCUGUUGGGGGAGGAAAAGAAAAGCACCUAAAACUGGAAGAUAAGUUUCCUCAUCACUUCCCUUACACAGCUUGAUGUUAUUGGGGACUGUGAUAGAGUAAUUUGAAUAAUGUUGCCUUGAAAACUGUUUUUUUAAUUUGAUAAAGGAAUAUGUUCUUAAAGUUGCUUGCUCUUUUGCAGUUCCCUGUAUUAAAAGUAAGCAUUUUAUGUCAAACCAGUGCUGUGGGUGGCAUCUGAAGCUUAUACAGAUUAGUUUAUUUGUCUCCUAAGCAAAGAAAGGUCGUUCCAUAAUGUCUUGUCUUGCGGUUAAUGUAAACUUAAAUAAAAUAUCUCCCAGGCUCUGACCAUUAUACUUUGUGCAUGCAAUGUCUGUUAAUAUUUGACUGGUUUUUGCUGUAAUGUACAGUUUUAUAUCAAAAUGUGAUUAUGGUGAUUUUCAUGCAAGUGCACAUGUGCAUACGCACGGAAUAAUGAUCAGAAGGACGCAUGUGUUAAGGUGUAUCCUUCUCUCUAUGUCCAACAGCGUUGUAAACGGUGAAGACAGGUUACAGUGUAGAACUGCUGAUAUUGUUUAUUGUUGCACAUACCACUUGUAACUUGCAGUGUUUGAGUAAAUGUAUCUAUGGAAGUUGUCCUUCAAUCACAAAGAAAAGCACUUUGCUGUUGUUGACCACACGCUGGAAAGUUGUUUCCCAGAGCUGGAUGUGCUGAAUGGCUGGUGAUAAAGGAGAAACGAAAGAAGAGAGUGUUGCCUCAGUCCUCUCUCUGAGUCCUGUCCUACUUCAUGUCACAGGGUGAGCAGUGUGGAAUGUGUGUCCUGAAGGGUGGCUCCCCAUUAAUAUUGCAGCACAGGCAUACCCCAAGCUAAAGUUUCCCCACCCAACGGUACCUGGAAGUGUAGUUCUGUUUCAGAAUGUGGCCUGUCAGCGUGGGUGCUCUUCAGGCUCGUCUGCUCUUUGUUCCAGGCCUUAAGCCUUAGUCUUCUAUUGGAAGUAGCUGGCAUAAACAGAGAACAAUGGUCUUACAGAGAGUAGCUGGUAGGAUUGCCUCCUGUCAUGAAAUGGCUGAUAAUACUGUUAAUUGGAAAGUAUUAAUUUAUUCCCAGAUUGCUCAUGAAUUUCUUCUGAAGCCAGACAUUUUAUUUUUAAAAGCAGUUCUAACGACAUAUUGUUGCCUCCUGCUUGCUUUAAAAUGAACCAAAAAGAGUCCCUGUGUAGAGUCCACCAAUUGCUGUGCAGCUUGCCAAGACAUCCCACUCCCUCAGUUCAUAGAAAGAACUAAAAUAUUCUUCCGUGCUCUUAGUGCAGGGAACCCACAACCUCACCUCCCAGUUCUGGCCACUCCAACAACCAGGCAAACAGGAUGCACUCUUGUGUGUGAGACUGAAAACUCUCCCUUUCCCAAAGGCCAGGCUUCCCAAUCUCAGGUUCAUUUCUGGGGUGUACCCACACAUAAAGACAUGAAUUCCAGGCUCAGCUUAGUAAAAUCUAAGUUUAUUAAUUAAAGAGUGUCUCAAAAAGCAUGAAGCGCUCUUACUCAGGCAACAGGCAUUAAAACAAGGAAGUCUUACUGUUGCUAAAUAUUAAAACCACCAAGUGGUUUCCAUUGUCGCAUAUAUCAUCCAUCCCUCAGAAAGCAAGCUUCUCUUAUACUUGGUCGAUCCAGCAUAAGGACAUGCUAAGGAUGAUAAAAUAGCAUGCAGUUUUUAGUUUCUCUCUUGCAUACUUGCAUCAUGAUGAACAACUGCUGAAGGACUAAAGAACUGGGUGAACUGAGAAGCCAUCUUUUCAGGCCUCAGUGAAUCACCUAGCAACUCAAGAACCAAUCAGGAUUAAGCCGGUAAUUGGCAUUCCACUAUGUGAAAACUAGGGAGUUAAGCACAGAGCUCUCUGAAAGCUCUCUCUUCAAGGCCAAAUUUCUCAGGAACUUAAGAGACUGUUCCAUAGGUGUUUCCAAUCAGCUCUGCAAACACAUUCCUAUGCUAGGCCUCGAACCUUACAACACUUACAACCUGAACUUAACUUCAGCCACUUCCUUCCAAAGACUUAGUCUCAGGUUAGCAACUUCCAUAUAUCUUGUUUCGAGCAAAGGUGGAUUGACAAACCCAGUCCAUUUCAGUCCAUGAACAAAUAUUUAAUAACUGCCUUACCAUUUCAUACCACAGAGCCAUCUUGGUCGGCAUUCUGUUUCCACCUCUGGUCAGUUGAAUGCCCUUGGUAGCUUACAAGCAAAACAUGUAGAAGCUGAUAACCGUUCUCUGCUGUUGGAUCCCACUAUGUGAUAAUGGAAUACAGAGAUUUCAGCCUUUGCUAGGAAUAGUGAAGAAUAGCUAUUGGUAGGCCUGACCUCCACAUACUGGAAUGCAUAAUAAAUGCAUAAUAAAGUGUGUAGAAGAGAAUUUAUUUCCUUUAUAGUAACGAUUCACACAGAUGCAGCAGGCAGAUUCUUGUGAAAUGUUUCUGCACACUUGACAAACUCUAACAUAAAAACAUGGUCUAUAUAGCAGUGUAUUGCAUGUAGAGACCAGCUGUGCCCUUAAGGGAUACAACCGUUGUAUUAUCAGACUGGGCAUGCUUUAUAAACUUCUGUCAAGUUCCUUCUGUUCAGUUGAAAGAGCUAGAAAUCGGUGGCACUGCUGUCCACCAGAAACGCUGUACUGGGACUAUCGGUCUUUCCUUGGAUGGAGGCACAGCUUAGCUACUGCAGCUGCCCUAAGCAGCUGUUGCUAGUUUGCAACUGAUUUCUGUCGGUCUCCUCUAUGCUGCAGUGGAGCUGAAAAACACUGGAAGCUUAACUAGAAAAGAGGGUGGGUUUUACUUCUGUCAGAAAAGUGCAGCAUUUAAAGCUGUCUGAGCAAUUUAAAAAAUGCUAACAUUUACGUGCUGACCUUUUAUUUCUAGUUCAUUUUUAUGUGCUCUGAAUAAAUUUUCUGUAAGUUAGUUAUGCCAUGGUGCCAUAAUGUGGUGUGUGUGUAGAUUUGCAAGAAUAUCACAAAACUGAAUGUGCAAAUCAAGUGAACUUUUAAAACAUAGCUGCCUUUCUUAGGGAUUUUUCUUUAUUGGGAGAGAUUAUCCAGAGCUAUAUGCAUCUUUUUUGUUUGAGAGCCUGAUGGAAUACGAUAGUCUUGACAGAGUUUAUCCUUCACUUGCAAAUAACUGCAUUGGGCAUGAUUAAAAUGUCUUUUUUUCCUUGGCAAAUGUUGGAAAAGUUAGUAUGUCUUAGCCAGCUUGCGCUGAAGAUGUAAUGUGUUUUAGGAGAACACAUACAAAUAAAGAAUAAUAUCUGACUCUAA